CCUCUCUGCAUCACUGUGGACUCUCUGAGUCAUCGCAUGUAGACGGAGAGGUGAAGCAAACGCCGGUGGAGCCGAGCAGUGAGCGCCGUCUGCCACGAUGGACCCCGCAUUCCGGAAGGCCAAGAUCGUGCUCGGUCUGAAGCUGAAGAGGAAGAAGAAAGGGAAACAGGGCCUGGUGCUGGAGAACGCAGGAGCUCGAGAAACAGAUCCAGAGGUUCCACGUGAAGUUGUGCCGCUGCUGAAAGGCGACUCCCUGGAGGGUCCUCAGGAGAGCGCGGCAGAAGAGUCCCCAGUCGUCCCAAACACGAGGAGGUCCAAACUGAAAACCUGCAUCCAGGCAGAUGAACCGAAACCACAAAGUUUUCAAAUCGCCAUCAACAUCACGGAGGCGAGGCAGCUGGUGGGCGAGAACAUCGACCCGAGUGUCGUCAUCGAGAUCGGGGACGAGAAGAAGCAGACGUCCGUCAAAGAAGGAACCAAUGCUCCGUUUUAUAAUGAGUAUUUUGUUUUUGACUUCUUUGCCAUCAAAGAGCUGUUCUUCGACAAAGUUAUCAAACUGACGGUGAUCCACUCCAAGAUACUGAAGAGUUACACCAUCGGCUCCUUCAAGCUGGACGUCUGGACUGUCUACAGACAGCCUGGUCGGCAGUUUGUGAAUAAGUGGGCCAUGCUGACCAACCCGGCCGACAUCAGCACCGGCAUCAAAGGUUACGUCAAGUGUGACAUCUCAGUGACGGCGAAGGGCGACGCCGUGCAACCGGGCGCAAAGACUCAUGACUCUGAGGAGCAGAUCGACAAGAACCUGCUGAUACCGGAGGGGUUUCCCUCCGAGCGGCCCUGGGCUCGGUUCUCAGUGAAGGUGUACAAGGCCGAGAGUCUGCCCCGCAACAACUCCGGCCUCAUGGCCAAUGUCACCAAAGCAUUCAUCGGUGACAACACGGCGCUCGUGGACCCGUACGUAGUGGUCAGCUUCUUCAAACAAGUGGGUCGCACAUCCACGCAGAAGUCCAGCGCAGAUCCAGUGUGGAACGAACAGAUUGUCUUCACCGAGAUGUUUCCUCCUCUGUGCCGGCGCCUAAAGAUCCAAGUUUGGGAUGAGGGCAGCAUGAACGAUGUUGCCAUAGGGACUCACUACAUUGACCUGAAAUGCAUCUCCAAUGAACAAGAUGGAGACAAGGGUUUUUUGCCGACCUUCGGCCCAGCCUGGAUCAACCUUUAUGGUUCCUCCAGGAACGCUUCUCUGGGCGACGAUACAGCUGAGCUGAACGAAGGAAUCAGACGAGGCGUCUCCUACAGGGGUCGACUCUUCAUUGAGCUGUCGGUAGAAAUCAUGUCUGGAGGAGGGACCGCCUCAGUGUCCAAAGCGAGCCCCUUGAUGAAAAGUGCAAAGGACAAACCAGGGAAACCUGGUGGGAAGGACGGUAAAGCUCCAGCUGGAGGAGCCGGAGGAUCAGCAGGAGGAAGUCCAGAUGACGACAAAGGAAAAGGAGUCGUAGCCCCAGAGGUUCUGCCUGUGGAGCCUUCCUCGGUGGCCACGAGCAACAACAUAACAAGCUACCUGCUGUUCGGUGCCCUGUUUGAAGCCACGAUGAUUGACAGAAAGAUCGGGGACAAACCCAUCAGCUUCGAGUUCUCAAUCGGUAACUAUGGUAACGUGCACGAGCCCACGGGUCAGCAGACCAACUUGCCUGUGACUAGUCCGGCCAUCAGGAGGAAAGUCCUGGAUGUAACGGACUCCGAUGACGGUCUCUCUCCCAAUCUGUCGCCGUCCAACCCAUCCUCCCCGCUUUUGAGCAGAGAGACUGGUGACACUAGCUGGACCUCCAAGUCGACUACGCCUCCCGAGAGACCUGUCACCGUUAGCGGGAACAGGUACUUCAUGUAUUUGCCACUGGAGAAGCAAAAGCCCUGCAUCAGCAUUUUGAGUCAGUGGGAAGACCGAACCUACCGACUGCAUACGGCCAACAUGCUGGAGGACAUUGCCUCUCUGCUGGAAGAGAGUAUAGCAAAGGCAGAGGAGCUGAACCAGAAGGGAGAACCAGGCGCCGAGGAGAUGAUCAAGAGGGCCAUCAAGGAAUUCACCGCUGACGCCAAGCUCAUCAUUGAGGAAGCAGAGGAAGAGCUGAGGGCCCAGCAGAAGUCCACUUACAUGACGCAGCUGGACAAGAAACGCAUCAUCAUGUGCAAACAAGAACUGGAGAGCUUGAUUGAGGAAGGGCACACUCUGAUGACCAGGAAGAGAAAAGCUGCUGCCAUGAAGAAAAUGAUGCAGGAGGCCAGGAAACUCACGCAAAAGCUCCGCUUCUUGGUGGAGGAGCCCCAGCACACCAUCCCCGACGUCUUUGUGUGGCUGCUGAGCAACAACAAGCGCAUCGCUCACGCUCGCAUCCGGGCCCGGGACCUGCUCUACUGUGAGAACGAGGAGGCCAGAGGGGUCCACUGCGGGAAGGUCAUGACACUUUUCUUGAGGCCUUCAGGGAAGCGCAGCUCCGGUUUGGCUGUGCAGGCGGUGGUGGACGCCUUCCUGUGGUUGGGCACUUGUGAAGAUGCCAUACACGUGCUGGACGACCUGCCUCCCGGCUUCACGCCCACCACUGCAGGGGGCGACCCCAACAAUCCCCCCACUCACCUGGUCUGCGCAGAGCAACGGCAGUUCCAGCUCCGGUGUCACAUGUACCAGGCCCGUGGUCUGAUUGCAGCCGACGCCAGCGGUCUGUCGGACCCCUUUGCGCGGGUCACUUUCUUAUCUCAUAGUCUGACCACAAACAUCAUUAACCAGACGCUCAGCCCAACGUGGAACCAGUGUUUGUCCAUGAGUCGGAUCUGCAUCAGCGGCGAUCCGCAGUUCAUCAAGGAAGAGCCUCCACGAAUCCUCAUCGAAGUUUACGACGAUGAUGCUCUGGGUAAGUCAGAGUACCUGGGCUCCACAGUGACGAUCCCGGAGGUGGUGCUGAGCUCCGAGUCAUAUCGUCCUCCAACACUCAAGUACAGUCCGCUACACCUCGGCAGCCAGUCAGGCGGAGACUUGCUGGCUGCUUUUGAGCUGGUGGAGGUUCCAAAAUCCGGGCAGCAGAUUUUGCCUCCGUUAGAGCCGAGAGAUGGAGGAAUCUAUGCAGUCCCGAGAAACAUCCGGCCAGUCCUGAGCACCUACAGACUCGAGGUUUUGUUCUGGGGACUCAGAGAACUGAAGAAGGUCCAGCUGCUCACGGUCGAUCGACCUCAGGUGUUUAUCGAGUGUGCAGGCAAAACGCUCCGCUCGUCCGUCAUCCAGAAGUACAAGUCCAAUCCCAACUUCCCGACGCUGGUCGACACCAUCGAGCUGGAGCUGCCAGAGAACGAGCACCUCCAUCCUCCACUCAGCAUCACGGUGGUGGACUGGCGGGCCUUCGGUCGCAGCACGCUGGUUGGCAAUCACAUACUGAACAACCUGAAGGGCUUCAAGUACACGCCACCGCCGCCUCUUCCUCAAUCGCUGAAGCCCAAGCCGACAGCUACUGUGCCACCUGUGAAAGAGGAGCAGCUCAAAGUGGCAGGCACGUCUCAGCAAGCAGGAACAAGUCAGGAUUUCCUGGUCACUGUGGACCCUGACCCUGCCCCCGACCCCCUUGCUCCACGUCAAAAAUCAGACACUGAAGGCAGAAAGUCCAAGCAUUCGAAGAGGGAACAUUCCCGCUCCACCAAGAGGAGACGGCGGACCAUCGUGGAUGAGUCAGCAGAGUGCGUCAUCGACUGGUGGUCAAAGUACUACGCAUCAGUGGAGAAACAGAAGACCAAACUGACAGAGGAACCGUCCUCCGAUGAUAAAGUCCGCAGCUCAUCUGAUGUAGAUAAGAAGAAGAAAAGCAAGAAGAUAAUCCCGGCGGCGACCCUGCCUCAGCUGCCCAAACUGGCCACGUUGCAGCUGUACAACAAAGAGCUGGAGGCUGAGUUUUCUCCCUUCGAUGACUGGGUCAGCACGUAUGAGCUUUUCAGGGGGAGAGCCAACGACCAAGACCACGGGGCGGCAGAGAGAUUUGUCGGAAAGUUUAAGGGUCGCUUCUGCCUCUACAAGCUGAGCGACGAACGGAAGUGGACUCAUGACCGGGUGCUGGGCAGCUACAGGGUCAGCCGCGGGAUCCCCUCCAACACGCCAAUGCAAGUUCUGCUCCGAAUUUACAUAGUUUCGGCCACCAACCUCCACCCGGCUGACCCAGACGGGAAGGCGGAUCCUUACAUAGUGAUACGAGUAGGCAAGAAUGAAAUCAAGGACAGAGACAACUACAUCCCCAAACAGCUCAACCCAGUUUUUGGAAGGUCCUUUGAGAUGCAAGUGACGUUCCCCAAAGAAUCUCUGCUGACCUUGCUGAUCUAUGAUUUCGACUUGGUGGGGGGCGACGACCUGAUCGGAGAGACUCGCAUUGACCUGGAGAACCGGUUCUACAGCCGCCACAGGGCCACGUGUGGACUGCCGACCGAGUACAGCCUCGAGGGCUACAACGCCUGGAGAGAUUGUCUGAAGCCGUCUGAGCUGCUGGCCAAGCUCUGCAAGGACAACAACCUGGACCCACCGGACUUCAGCCCAGGGAGGAUCACCGUGGCCGACAAGGUCUUCACGGGCAAGACGCUCUUCAUGAACGAAGACCAGCCAGUGGAGUCGUACGAGCAGCUGUCUCUGAAGAUCCUCCACCGCUGGUCUGAGAUACCUGUUGUGGGCUGCAAACUAGUGCCGGAACACAUCGAGACCCGAACUCUUUUCAACAAGACACGUCCCGGGAUGGACCAGGGUCAAGUUCAGAUGUGGGUGGAGAUGUUUCCCAUGGACCUUCCUCUGCCUGGACCUGCAGCGGACAUCUCGCCCAGGAAACCGAAAGGGUACGAGCUCCGGAUCAUCAUCUGGAACACGGAGGAUGUGAUUCUGGAGGACACCAGCAUCCUGACCAACCAGCCCUACAGUGACAUCUACGUCAAAGGGUGGUUGAAAGGUCUGGAGGACGACCGGCAGGAGACAGAUGUCCACCACAAUUCCCUGACUGGAGAAGGGAACUUCAACUGGCGCUUCGUCUUCCCCUUCUUCUACCUCCCUGCUGAGAAGGUGGUGGUGGUCACCAAGAGGGAGAGCAUCUUCUGUCUAGACAAGUCGGAGCAGAAGCUUCCAGCCAUCCUCAUGCUACAGGUGUGGGACUACGACACUCUGUCUGCUGACGACUUCCUGGGCACGGUGGAGCUGGACCUUCACAGUUUCCCACGAGGAGCUAAAACAGUGAAGUUCUGUAACCCUGAGAUGUUCACCGACGGCACAGAGAGAAUCUCCAUCUUCCAGCAGAAGAGAGCCAGAGGAUGGUGGCCCUUCGUCAAGUCUGGAGAGCUGACGGGGAAAGUGGAAGCAGAGUUCCAUCUGGUGACAGCCGAGGAAGCAGAGAAGCAACCUGUGGGAAGAGCACGGAAAGAGCCCGAGCCGCUGCCCCCACCAAAUCGCCCGGACACCUCCUUCUCCUGGUUCACAAACCCCUUGAAGUGUUUCCUAAACCUGCUGUGGAAGAACUACAAGAAGUACAUCAUCAUCGGUCUGCUGCUGCUCAUCACAGCGCUCUUCCUGGUUCUACUCUUCUACACACUGCCCGGCGCCAUCUCUCAGAAGAUGGUCAGCGGGUAACACACACACCACCAGGAGUCACGCUUAUAUAAAACAAGAUAAGAUGCAAUACUCCUUUAUUUGUCCCAAGAUGGGGACAUAAUAUUUAUCAGCAUUGAAUUUGCUUUUAAUUCUGACAAGACUGAGCAGCCAAGAGUCCUCACAACAACAUAGUCUUGCACAACUUUGUCACAUUUUCUUGUCUAUUUAUGCAAAGAAAAACUGUCCUGUCUCUCUGUUGUAUGUUUAAUAUUAUCAGAAAUAUUUACACAUUGUUGUUUGUAACGUGAGUUCAAUA